AUGCAAAACCUUGUGUUUUUCAUCGUUUUCAAUUGUAUUAUUGCGAAAUGCUCUGCAAUGGUUGGUGGAAUAACGAAUCAGGAUGCAAAUAACCAGAAAUAUACUGUGGGUUUGAAUUUUUGUUUUUGAAUCUGACACGAAAAAUCGGAAAUCGAACAAAAUUUUUAAAUCACAGGCUUUUUUUCGAAAAAAAGCCCAAUUGUUAUCAGAUCUAGGAGUUAGCUUAGUUUUAGUGUUUUCUAAACAAUUCGGAACAUUUCAAAAAAUAUAUAAAUUCAAACCACGCGCGUUGUCGUCAACGCGGAGUCUCGUUGUUUUCUUUUUUUUUUUUUUCGGAAAGUUCUCUAGUUUUACAGGAUUUUUCAGGACGUUGACAACAUAGUGAAAUUCUUGAAUUUUUUAGGACCUUGCUUGGAAAGCAGUUGCACAAAUCAACAACCAAUCUUCAAACAAUAGAUCAUAUUAUUAUGUGCCAAUAAAGGUACAUACAUUUUCCCCCCAAAAAAAAUGUAGAUAAAAAACAUUAUAUAUUUUUAGGUGGUAAAGGCAUCAACACAAGUUGUUGGUGGUCUCAGCACGGAUCUCGAAGUUCUUGCCGGCGAAUCUUCGUGCAAGAAGGGAGAACUUCAAGCACAACAAAUUUCAGCAUCCAAUUGUCAAGCCAAACAGGGAGGAUCACGCGCGGUAAAUUUUUUCGGUUUUAGAUUUAAAAAAUCCAAAAUAAAUAUGGUUUUUGCAGCUCAUCAAAGUCAACAUCUGGGAGAAACCAUGGGAGAACUUUGAGCAAAUCAAUGCUGAAAAAAUUCGUGAUGUUUCUGCUAACGAACAAUUUUAA